UGAAUCUUAAGCAAUUGUAACGGCAAUUUGUUAAGGAAGUGGGAUUCUAUGUAGUUCAGUUCGAAGAUCGUAGCGUUUAAGUUUAACAAUCGACAUGGAGGUACACCCAUCUAUAAUCUCGGUAGUUGAGUCAAACGGUUGUGAGCAGGCAUGAUGAUGAUCGCCUCACGCGGAGCUCUCCCGUUCCCCCAGUAGUGGCUACGUAUUUGGACCUCAAUUUUAACGUCCGUUAAAGUCAGUGUCACUCGGGAGAGCCGUGUUUUUCGGUGUAGAGCCCACUUUUCGGAUGACUAUUGCUCAAGUGGAGGUUAUGCCGCCGUUUCGUUUCCAUCGGCCGCCAUUUGCAAUCCGCUCUGCGUACGCGCAUUGUCACUGGGUGCUCGAGCCAGCGGCAGUUCCGUGCCUGCGCAGCGCGUUCUUCCGCCAAUGCUCGUCCUCAAGCUAAUACUGCACAAAGUAUUUAUUCCUUUUUUUGCUUUGCUGACAUUUUUCACAGACUUUGCUAAAAAGGGCACACAUUUUCAAUACAGGAAACCUUUACAACAUGUCAGAGACCAUUAAGUAUGUUGACGAAGAACACAAAACCAUCUUUCUGAAGAUACUUAACGAACAAAGACUGGAAGGUGAACACUGUGACAUUGCUGUGGUUGUUGAAGACGUAAAAUUCAGGGCACAUCGUUGUGUUUUAGCAGCUUGCAGCAAUUACUUCAAGAAACUUUUUAAGAAACACGAGGUAGACAAUUCCUCUGUCAUAGAGAUCGAUUUCAUCCGCUCAGACAUUUUUGAAGAGGUCCUGAACUACAUGUACACAGCCAAGAUAUCUGUGAAGAAGAAAGAUGUCAAUUUGAUGAUGUCUUCAGGUCAGAUUCUUGGCAUCAGGUUUUUGGACAAGCUCUGCUCACAGAAACGUGAUAUGUCUCCACCCGAGGAGAAGACUGAUAGCGUAAAUGCAAAGUUUGCCUACGAUAUCGUGAAAAUAACCAUUCCAAACGAGGAAUCUCAAGAGAAUCGGGAUCAGGAGGUGCAGGUACUUGGGGACCACGAGGAAAAUCCGACGGAUGACAUUGUUGAGGAGCCAAACUCCAACCAAGACUUGGAGAAGUCUCCCAACAGUGCCUUGAGGGUGCAGGAAGCCAUUCUGAAGGAGCUGAGUGCUGCUGAGGAGGUUCACAAAGUUGGCUGCUACGAUCAGGAAGUAGAAGCCAUGGAGGCUGAGCCGAAGGACUUGGGGUCACACGCCACCCAGACUCUGACAUUUGCUGACAGCAUGGGCGAAGUCAAAGACGAGCAACCACCGGGGUGGACCACUGCAGCCAGCGACAUGAAAUUUGAGUACUUGCUAUACGGGCACCGAGAGCAGCUUGCUUGCACGGUGUGUGGCAAGACCUUCAUCGAUGAGAAUCGUUUGCGGAAGCAUGAGAAGCUCCACUCUGCUGAACGGCCCUUCAUCUGCGAGAUAUGCACGAAGGCAUUCACCACCCAAGCCCACCUCAAAGAGCACCUGAAGAUCCACACAGGCUUCAAACCAUACCGCUGCGACGUGUGCGGGAAGUCCUUCAUCCGGGCACCGGACCUGAAGAAGCACGAGCGCGUCCACAGCAAUGAGCGACCGUUUGGCUGCCAGAUGUGCGACAAGGCCUUUAAGCACAAAUCGCACCUGAAGGACCAUGAACGGCGGCACCGGGGCGAGAAGCCCUUUGUGUGCGGUGCCUGCACGAAGGCCUUCGCCAAAGCCUCGGACCUGAAGAGGCAUGAGAACAACAUGCACAGUGAGCGGAAGCAGCUGCCCAUCGGCGCUUUACAGAGCGAGACAGAGCAGCUCCAGGCUGCCGCUAUGGCGGCUGAGGCCGAUCAGCAGCUGGAAUCCAUCGCGUGUUCGUAGCCCUGAGCGCCAGCUCCAUGUGGGCCUGCCACUGUAAUAUCCUUAGAACAUAA